AUGCACGGGGAGCUAGAUAAGGCGUAUGUAUCAGUGUACGAUAGUGAGAUUAUCACAAUAUAUAACGACAUAACUAAGAGCAUAACCUCUGAUGGUACAAAGUGCGCGAAAAUUGUGCUCACCAUUGUGCCCACCGUAUAUCACACCUUAACACAGCUCAGAAGAGAGCUUCAUGAAUCAGACGGCAAAUGGAACUCUUAUAACAUAUAUGAUUCCAAAGAGUCCCACCAUAGCUUACAUAGACUAUUCUUUAAUGAUAAUGGUUACGAUACCGGCCUUGCCGGUAAAGUGGAGCACGGCGAACUGAAUCACAAGUCUGGGUUCACGGGUCAGAAUAUUCUUACCAAACUCAACGACACAACUCAUAAUUUGUUUGUGACUAAUAAACAGUCACUUAAAGCAUCUGCCAUCGCUCCUACAUCCGAUGACAUACCCUUCGAAUACACGGGCGAGAACGGUGUCAUCCCAAGCCUAUAUGAUUACCUUAAGAAAUACUUCAAUGUAUGCCAUUAUACGCAUAUUAAAUCACCCAGGAUACCGUGCUCCGUUUAUGAAAUGUUACUUUGGGUUUGCGGUUUACAGUUCAGUCCCGUAUUCAAACCACUUUUAGAUCACGUUAACGAAUUAUUCAUGGUGCCCAUUGAUGGAGACCCAUCGAAAAAAACCCUUAAGCCUAUCGAUGCCUCACCGUCCACCAUUAGCGCCAGCGACAUUUGUACAACUAUUGAAGAGAUAUGUUUUAAAUCCUACCCUGUCCUCACUACUAUUGCGGGCCACGGAGACGCCUAUACGACAUACGCCUGUGAGUUCUCUACUAACUCCCUCAAAUUCAAAUAUCCCACAAGAGGUGAGGAAUGCUUUCAACUCUUGCUCGAUAUCCUCCGUAAACUAUUCCCUCCACUUAGAUUUUUGUUUGGUCAAUGUAGUAACCCGGCGUCUGAGCAUGGUUGGUUGAAGUGCCAGUACGGCAGGGACAUUACUACAGUCAAUCAGCCCUGCAAAGCGCAUUCAACCGACAAGGCAAAUGGACAGUCAACGUCUAAACCUAUGUGCCAACCAAAUGGUCAUCCAAAUGACCAACCAACGUGCCAACCUAGAUCACCACUUAUGAGCUACCUAAAUGAUACCUUACCCGGUCACUUGCCGCACCAACUCAACUCGGUUGGCUGCAAGUCUGUAUGUAAAUCGUGCCCUGGUAGUACACCCGGAAUGCCUUGCUUGACACCUCUGGGAUUCAGGGAAUUUUCUGGCAGUAUUAAAACGGGUAAAGACAUAUGCGACAUACUUGGUGACUUGUUUGAAACUAACAAUAUAUCUGCCGUGUUCUGCCUAUCGCCUAAGCCACCGUCUACAUUGCCAGAGCAUUUUGGUUUUGCGUUGUAUUUAGUUAAGGGCUGGCUUCAUAGUUCCCAAUCUAAGAAAGCCACCAUGAACAAAUUCACCCUUCAAGCGUCAUUUGAGUCAUCUAUCACUAACACAUCCAUCAAGCUGUUCGAAAAUGCGGAUCGCUUUACAAAUGCCCUUGCCAACGCAUAUGGAUCUGACUCUGUAAGGCAUUCCGAAUGCCAACAUCCUCAUUUGAUGAAUCUCACAAUUACUGACUUCUGCAACAGCAACAUAAAAAGGAUAGAAUGCGCUCCCUACCUUUCGAGUCUUUAUAGUGAUGCCUAUCACCACCUUGCCAACAAACAUUCUAACACCUAUUUAUCAUGGGCGGUUUACUUGCCAUGGGAUUUCUGGAGGUAUCUUCUGUCUUUAUAUGAUGCCUUCAGAAAUAUUUUCUGCAGGGAAUGGGGAUGUCGUCGCUGUCUACAUCACGGAGCCUGUACACCAGGGAGUCAUGGAAGUUUCGAGACUCCUUGUCACUGCAAAUCACUUGUGACAUGUAAAGGUGUGACGCCAACACUGUAUAAAUGUGGGUUCAUGUUUGGCGAUGCCAUUGCAAUCAAUGCACUGAAUACACGAAGGACGUGCGCCACCUUUGCAAAACAUUUGAAGAGCGUUAUACAAUCGCAUUAUUUCAAAACUCUAUUUGAAAUCAUUGACAACUUCAUGUUCACAAUUCGCGCACCUUUCAUAUGGACCUUGCUAGCCCUCUGGUCGCUGUCGCUCCUCUACCUGCUGCACAUCGCCGUCGUCCGCCUCGACGUCCUGAGGAUACGCUCCCACUUAAGGCCACCCUCAAGCCACCGCAUCGCCGCGCAGUCCCUCCUCGCCGCCGCACGCGUCAAGGCACUCGCCAACGUCAAGUACUUCUCACCAUAA